CCGGAGGACAAAUCCCCCCGUGAGACCCUGGUGGGAGAGGCCGUUUUGAAGGGCUCCCCGGCGCAGGAAGGCAGCGGGGAGGAAAAGGGCCGGAGAUCCCCCCACAGGAGGGGCUCCAAAGCCAGCCCAGGGUGCUCUGAGGAGGAAAGAGCCAGCCUGUGCCGGGAAGGCGGCCGGAGCUUGAGGGGGAGCUCUGACCUGGUGGUCCCUGAGCAGCCUCCCAGCAGAGAGAAACCCUUCAGGUGCUUGGAAUGUGGGAAGAGCUUUAGGUGGAGCACCAGCCUCCUCACCCACCAGCACAUCCACACUGGGGAACGUCCUUACACGUGUGGGGAAUGUGGGAUGAGCUUCAGUGACAGCUCCACCCUUCGCAGACACAAGCACAUCCACACCGGGGAACGACCCUACCCAUGUGGGGAAUGUGGGAAGAGCUUCAGUGACAGCUCCACCCUUCGCAAACACAAGCACAUCCACACUGGGGAACGUCCUUACAUGUGUUGGGAAUGUGGAAAGAGCUUCAGGGACAGCUCCAACCUUCGCAUGCACCAAGUCAUCCACACUGGGGAACGGCCAUACACGUGUGGGGAAUGUGGGAAGAGGUUUCAGACCAGCGGGAAUCUCGUCAGGCAUGAGCGGACGCACACGGAUGAGAGGCCCUUCCGCUGCACCGACUGCGGGAAGGGCUUCAACCGGAACUCCCACCUCAUCACCCACCGGCGCAUCCACACCGGGGAGAAGCCCUACAAGUGUGGGGAGUGUGGGAAGAGCUUCACCCGCAGCUCUGCCUUGACCCAACACCAACGGACCCACCAGUAAGAGAAGCCCCACCAGUGCCCCGACUGCAGGAAGAGCUUCGGCCGCUACUUACACCCCGAAUGAAGCCCCUGAUGGGGAGGCAACCCCUGGAGUCCAGUGACUGUCACUCCAUCCCUUUUGACCACAAAGGGCCAGUCCCCUUUCCCAGGGGCAGGUUCUGACAACAGAACCCUUCUUGGGGGGUGUGUGGAGAUU